AGGCCCACCGCCGCGCGCCCACCACCACUGCCAGUACCCUAGCAGGCAGGCACACCAGUACGUGCUAGUGCUAGCUCGUCGAUCAUGGCGGCCUCGUUGGGAUUUAACAGCAGCCAUGAAGCAUACUACUACCAAGCUGCUGAUCCCCUCGUAGCAGCAGCAGCGGCACACAGUGCCGCUCCGCUCAGCUUCCCCGAGCUCGGCGCCGUUCGGCCCUCCGACUACUCGCCGGCGCUGUCUCCGGGGUACUUCGCCGCGGCAGGAAGCGAGAUGAGCAGCUUCCCUACGUCGUACUACUACUACAACGGCGCCGGAGCGUACGACGGCGCCGCUGCAAGGGGAGUGAGCGGGCGGGCGCCGGCCGGGAGGAUCGGGUUCCGGACGCGGUCGGAGGUGGAGGUGAUGGACGACGGCUUCCGGUGGAGGAAGUACGGGAAGAAGGCGGUGAAGAGCAGCCCCAACCUGCGGAACUACUACCGGUGCUCCGUCGAGGGGUGCGGGGUGAAGAAGCGAGUGGAGAGGGACCGCGACGACCCGCGGUACGUGAUCACCUCCUACGACGGCGUCCACAACCACCCCACCCCCGGCAGCCACGGCGCGUCGCGGGAGGCGGCGUACUCGGCGCCGGCGCCGCCCACCUGGACCUGGAGCGACCUGCACGCGGCGGCGGCUCAUUCGUCCGAGUCUUCGUACUGAACUGAGCUACGGAUGAACGGUAGCAGCCGGUUGGCAUGUGCUACUAUAUGAAUAUGGUUCAGAAUCGUCACGGAUCCAUAUAUGCAAUUCGUUGGCCUUGGUGGUGUUGUGCUGUCA